AUGAGAUUCGUCGUUUUCUCGCUUCUCGUUUCAUCUGCCUUCUGCUGCUUGCCAGGACUUGGCGGACUUGGUGGAGGAUGCGGAGGAGCCUCACCAUGCGGAGCUCCACCACCGCCACCAGCUUCUCCAUGCGGAGGAGGUUGCGGAGCCGCCCCAUACCCGGCGGGACCAAUGGCUUCUCCAUACUUGGCCGCUCCACCACCGCCAGCAGCUGCGCCAAUCGCUCAAGGACCAGUCUACUCAGCUCCGCUUCCGGCCGGAAACGCCUACCAAGUUGGACAAGGCAAAUAA